UCUCCAGCAUCUGCAGUUCCCAUUAUCUCUUUACUGAGACUCUGCCGGGUCUGAGCUACUUUCUGUUUAGUGGCCGCGGGAACAGGAGCGCGGCUGCACGGAGCUGGCUGUGCGUCAGCGCCCAGCGGAGCUGACUUUUCAAACAAUCAUUGGUAAAACUCGAAGCUGACUGGUUUCUUUAGGGAACUAGUGGUUUGACUGGUUUAGACAUUGUUCCAAACGGAAGUUUCCGAACUCCGCAUCAGCAGCUAAAGGCACGAAGGUUGAAGCCAAAAAGCAGAGUCGAGCGAAUGGCCGGUGGUCGCUUCCUGCACCAGCGUUUUCAGAUGGAGGUGUUUCUGAUCCACACAGUGGUGCAUCUGAUCAUUUUUCAGACUGUGAUAUCAGUUCCCCGUUCAGCUCAUUUGAUGGGUCAUUCCAAAGUUAUCCGUUUCUUGGCAAUUGGUGAUUGGGGUGGGCUCCCAUAUUCACCAUUCACGACACCUGUGGAGAAAAGAACUGCACAACAAAUGGGUGCUGUGGUUGAAUUGAUGGGUGCUGACUUUGUUCUGUCCCUGGGGGAUAACUUUUAUUACAAUGGAGUUAACAACGUAACUGAUAAAAGAUUCCAGGAAACAUUUGAGGAAAUCUUUUCUGCCAAGUCACUGAAGGACGUGCCCUGGUUUGUUGUAGCAGGAAACCAUGAUCAUUUGGGCAAUGUAACUGCACAGAUCGAGUAUUCCAAAGUUUCCAAGAGAUGGAACUUUCCACAUUAUUAUUACGACCUAAAUUUCACCAUCACAGAUUCUAACACCACUGUGACAAUCCUGAUGCUAGACACUGUCCUUCUCUGUGGAAAUUCUGAUGACUUCCAAGGGAAGGAACCAGAAGCACCAAAAGAUUAUAAUGUGGCGAACGCACAACUAGAGUGGAUCAAGGACAAACUGAAGAAUUCUAGAUCAGAUUUCCUGAUUGUUGCUGGACACUAUCCAGUUUGGUCAAUAGCUGAGCAUGGACCCACCAGAUGUCUGGUAAAAAAACUGUACCCUCUCCUCACUCAAUACAAGAUCAGCGCUUACUUCUGUGGGCAUGACCACAACCUUCAGUUUAUUCAGGAUAGCAAUGGUAUUGGCUACGUUUUAAGUGGAGCUGGAAACUUCAUGGAAAAUUCAACGAAGCACAAAGACUACGUUCCAAAGGAGUGGCUUAAGUUUUUCUAUGCAGACAUCAGCUCUUUAGGAGGCUUUGUUUAUGUAGAGAUCACCUCAGAUGAAAUGACGAUCACAUUCAUCGAAGCUCUUGGUAAAUCUCUGUAUCAGACCACUAUCCCCAGACGGUCAGGCAGAUAAAGCAACUUAGUUACCUAUUGCAAAAGAUAGUAAAAAUGCGCAGAAUUAAGUAAAAGAACUAAUUGUUUUUACUGCUUUAAAUUUAACAAUUGGCUGUCCGAUUUCCUUCAACGCACAUUUAAAAAUGUCUGCUGGAAGUGAGUUUCGAUUGGGACAUUCUCUUUAGCCUUAUAUCUGCCAACUUAAUCCUAUAUGGUUUCAAAAAUCUUGCAUUCCACUAAUACAUGCAACCAGACAGAGUGGUGCUAAGGCUUCUUCCACCUUUUAACUCAGUAUACUUUAAGUUUACAUACGUAUUUCUCAAAUCGAUGAAUAACAAGAUGUAUGAAGCAAAAGUGUAUUAGCACAAUAAGCUUUUUUCAACUUGUACAAAUGGUAUUGCUGAUUGAAGCUCAAGUAGUAUUUUCUUGGUCGUUGGCUCAGGUGGGUCAACAAAUGAGGAGAAAGAGGAGGACAUUAUGCAGGAUGAGCUUGAAUUAAGUGAACAGUACAAGGGAGGAGUGCCUUGGCAUUCAGCUGCACUGAUCAAGGAUCUCUUACUUCCAGAGACUCCGGCUCAGUGCUUGCUGGACCUAAUAAAUGAAAAGAGAGCAGGAAUAUUUACAUUGCAAAAAAGGAAUUCAAUAGGCUUUCCUAGCAUACUACUGUCUGCUGGAACUGGAAAUAUAUCAAGUGAGAGUUUCAACUGUGAACAUAUCCCAAUCAUUUAACCCAUAGCAAGCAAGAGAUAGUGGCAUGAUUCAACUCCAGUUGAUUGUACAAAGUUAGUUUAAUAGCCACAACAACAAAAAUUACGUAGGCAGGAGUAAAGUGUUAAAAUGGUCAAAAGGCUAUUUACUGUAUUCAAAGCUUGUUCUGAUGUUUGAAGUUGAAUCAACCUGACAUUUUCCAAACCUGUUUUCAGAUGUAAAUUAUUCUUUACAAUCUGUAACUUUUUUUAUGAUUCUUGAUUUCUAAGUGUUGGAAUAAAUACUGAAGUAAAAUAA